AUGGCAUCAAAUACGACCGACGACAUGUUCACGAAGAAAAGAAAGGCUGAGGAACGAAAACUCAUAGAAGAAAUCCGCUACAAACGCUCAUGUAUCAGACUAGCUGCAACGUUCCCAGCUGAAGAAGAAAUUCAGAGGAAGAUUCGUAAUUUUUUAAAAGUUAUUGUAAUGCUAACUCGGUCAAAUAACCUCUCCGAUAUGUUUACUAAAACCCGAGGAAAAAGACCUCAACAUUUCGCAAGGGUGGAGGCAACGCUCUAUAAGUGUCGCUUACAGCAGGUCCAUCAAGCGGCCAAUAUUACGAUGGAAAGAAUCGGCGCCGCUGCCCAAGGACUAUCGUUGACGUACGAUUUGUACGGACUGCUUGUGAUGGCAGACAAUAACUUGGCAAACUCGAGAUACGAGUUUUUCAAUGACACGGAGGAAGGAGUGACAUUGGAACCUAGCUUUACCGCCGACUUCAUAGGCAGAGAGGUCGAGUUCAUCAAGGAAUUUCGAAGUCAAGUGGAAACCGAAAUCAGAGAAGCUGAGCUUCAAGAACAAAGAGAAAACCACAUCAACGCCUUCGUCCAGACCAAAGAAGAAAUAGAGCAUCUCCAUUGCGAAUUUAAACAGUAUUAUACGGAAAUUAAAGGACAUGCCCGUAGCCUGAACGAAAACGUUCAUAGCAUUAAGGAAGAACUUCGUCGAGAUUUCAAACAAGGCUUUGCCGAAAUCGAUAAACGGAUUACUAAUCAGAACGAAAACACUCACAGCAUCAAGGAGAAAUUCCCCCUUAACUCAAAACACUACCCCCCCAAAAAAAAAAAAAAAAUUAAACAGAGCGAAAAUAUCAAUAGCAUGCGGGAAAAUCUCCACCGCGAGUUUGGACAAUGCCGUAAAGAAAUAGAGGAGCAGAUUCGGGACCAAAGCGAUAGCAUAAAGGGAAUCAUCGAACUGACCAAAAAUUCGCUUGAGACACAGCUGGCAACUCUUCCCUCUUACGCACCGAAAACAGAUCAAGAGCCAACCAUGCCGAAAGAAAUGGCAUCGGAAAGGACAACAACCAAAAACUGGACAGAAGACCCUACUUCGAAACAUCAAGAAUCUGUAGGACAAAGGAAUGUCAGAGAGGAGGAAGUUGAAGAAGACCUCUUAGAUCUAUAUGACGAUUACGAAUGUACGGAGCAGAAGGAUACAAGCGAAGGAGCUUCAACUUAUACCAGAGAAAGCAUUCGACAAAGAAAAGAGCAUGCAGAGAAGGAGCGGAGCGAGCAACUAGAUGAACGAAAAGCCAGAAUCGAGGAGUUCCUCAGGUACAAUAGGGAAGUACCAGAAAGGAAAAUUAGACGACUCAACUACAUGAGAUCAGAAGAACGCUUCUUAACAUGCUCAUUCUGUUUGGCCAGGGGAGAACAUUACUCAGACAGCUGUCCAGAGUAUGCAACUGUGGAUACGAGAUCGAGAAGAGCACGCUGUGUCUUAUGUCUCGACAGCCGUCAUGACACGGAACAUUGCUGGAGCAAGGGCAAGGCAUGCAUGUAUUGCGGCAGUACGCACCAUAACAAGGCCUUGUGUGCCCUGCCAGAGACGAUAAACAAGCGCCGUAAAGAGCUGGAAAAGGUGAGGGAAGAGCUGCAGACGCUCAAGAACCACCAAAACCGUCAACCAGGGCCCUCGAAUUCACAACCCUGGGGGGAGUGUCACAAACGUGACCAUAGAUAA